GACGCCUAACCAAGACGGCCACGGUCGAGCCAGCUGCCUUCUAGGCUGACAGAAAUGGACUCAGAAAUCAAGGAAGAAAUUCCUGUGCAUGAGGAAUUCAUUCUAUGUUGUGGAAUUGAAACCCAGGUUCUAAAGUGUGGGCCCUGGACUGACCUCACUAGCGAUCAAAUUGCCAACAGGCCUAAGCUGCUUAUUUUCAUUAUUCCUGGUAACCCAGGUUUUUCUGCCUUUUAUGUGCCUUUUGCAAAGGCUUUGUAUUCUUCAACAAAAAGACGCUUUCCAGUUUGGGUUAUCAGUCAUGCUGGGCAUGCCUUGGCCCCCAAAGACAAGAAGAUUCUUACAACCUCAGAUGAUCCAAAUGCUCAAGAAAUUAAGGACAUCUAUGGACUCCGUGGUCAAGUAGAACACAAGCUAGCUUUCCUGAGAACUCAUGUGCCAAAGGAAAUGAAACUUGUGGUCAUUGGCCAUUCCAUAGGCUGCUAUUUCUCCCUUCAGGUUCUGAAGCAUGCCCCUGAGCUCCCAGUAAUUCGCUCUUUUCUGCUCUUUCCAACAAUUGAGCGAAUGUCUGAGUCACCCAGAGGCAAGCUCGCCACUCCACUUUUGUGCUGGUUUCGAUAUGCUUUCUAUGUUCCUGGCUACUUACUACUUAAACCGUGGCCUGAGAAAAUCAAAUCCUUGGUGAUCAGAAUGCUCCUUCGAAGGAUGAACCUACAGAGCGAAUUUUCGUUUCUGAAUAUGUUGGAACCGUUCUGCCUCAUUAAUGCUGCCUACCUUGGGAGCCAAGAAAUGAUGGAGGUGGUGAAGAGAGACAAUGAAACCAUAAAGGAACAUUUAUCUAAGCUUACAUUUUACUAUGGUACUAUAGAUGGUUGGUGUCCAAAAGAGUACUAUGAAGACAUGAAGAAAGAUUUUCCAGAAGGAGAUAUUCGACUCUAAAGUGAAUUACUUCUUCUAGGAAGUAAAUGAAGACUGGGGUUCAAAUCCUGGAUCUGUCAUUUAUGAGGUUUGUGAUGUUCAGAGGCUUAACCUCCCCGAGCCCUCUCCUUCACUCCCCCACUGGCCCUCAUCUACAAAAGUACUUGCGUUAGCUUUUGGACUUCGGAAGGGUUUUUGUUUGUCUUUAAUGGGGUCAAACGAGGUCUUGCAUAUAGUAUUUAGCACCCUGCCUGGUAGAUGCUCUAUUAAAUGGUACCUAAAGGAGAAGGAUAGCAAACUUGUCUUCUACACUCUCUUCUCUUUGGUGCAAUGGAAGACUCCUCGAUGUCCCAGCUUCUGCAGUGUUUCACCCAGCCUGAAAUUUGAUUCUAAUCGUCUCAGCGUUUCUGGUUCAUAUUGGUGAAGGAGGAGGCCACUCGCUCACCCGACACAGCUUUCUGACCCCAGGCCAUUGCAGGCCUCCCACACGCAGCCCAGGACACCCAAACAUCCCCUCGAGGAGCUUAUAGUCCUUUGAAAAGAUGUAGGAAGCAAAGUGUUUCUUAAAUAACAGAGGCAUCAUCUUUGUUCCUGGCCCCCUCUUGCCAGAGAGAAGAGAUGUCCUUGGGCUUCUCCUCUCCUUGCUGGGUGGGGCUUAAGGAGCAGGCAGUGCCUGGGCCUGAGUGUGCUCUGUGAACUAGUACAUCUCUGAGGACUUAAGGCUGAAGCUCUCCUGUAGGAGUGCCGAGGACAGGAAAGAUUUCCGUUCCCAAGGGGCUGAGAUUCCUGCCUCUGUGCCCUGGAGGUGUAGGUGAGUGAUCACAGUGGCCCACGUGGGGAGCCAAUGGGGGACAUGGGUCUGUCCUCUCCAGCAGGCUGAAGGCAUCUCCAGAGCAAAACGGUGAGGGCCGGGGAAGGCUCCGGGUUGCCACAGUUCUGUAAAGAGAAAACUGCUGGAGGGAGGGUGUGGCAGGGCUGCUCCUGGUGCCAGGAGGACAGGUGGAACUUGGGUGGGUUUGGAAGAGAAGAGAACAAGUCCAGAGAAAGAGCGUGCUGCUCACCCUGCACUUUCACAGCGUCUCAUUCAGGCCUCACAGUCGUGUGUUACCAUGAGGGUGCCAAGCAGGUGACGUGCUCAAGACCUCACAGCUACUGAGUGACAGCGGGGCUCUGCCCCAGCGACACGGCUUCACCCCUUCCCACGCACCGUGUUGCCUCCUGAAGGGGACAGCGGGCAGACGGCCAGAGGAGUGGAGGCUUGGGGAAGGGGUCACGCGAGGGCAGGCGAAGGCGAGGUUGUCAGGGGAAGGGAAGAGGAGAGCGUUGGGAACAACUGAGUAGCGUCAGAAGAACAGAGGAUACAACAGAUGCGGCUUUGGGGUGCGGGGUGCGUAUCAGGCAGCGGCCUGUGCGGGUCAGAGCGGGGGCUGAGUCCCGCGUUCCGGUCUUGGCAGCUUUGCUACGGCCACCGGGUGCUCCAGACGCACUUACUUCCCUCUGUUCCUCCAAACUUGUGCUGUGCCCUGAACCUUUGGGAUCAACCGCUCCAGCUUUGAGAGUGCCUGUGCCUCGACCCCUCCCCAAAAU